UAUUAUUUCCUAAAACUUAAAUAUAUAAUUUCUUUGAGACAUGCUUCUCAUCCAAUUUCUGAAUUUCCAUGUUCAUUCGAUGGACUCAGCGACCGUCAUUAAAUCCACCUUCCCAAUUUUCACGACCAACCCAUUUUUGCUCUCAACGAGAUCUCUGAGACCCUUCAAGGUUUCCAUUAAACCUCCACCUCCAGAUUUCGAUUACAGGAGAGAGAUCUCGGAGGAGUCGAGAGCCGCCAUAGCUGAAUCUCACCCUCAGUUGCUUGACUUAGCCGACAAUGGAAGCUUGGUUUUGGUCCAGAAGAAGAGGUUUGGCCCUGUCCCUUCUUGGAGAACCGAUUUUGUUGAACCUGAAUUCAUUUGGUUGGUAGGAACUACCCAUGUUUCUAAGGAUUCCGCUGUUGAGGUACAACGCGUGGUGCGGGCUCUCAAACCAGAUAAUGUCGUUGUAGAACUCUGCAGAAGCAGAUUUCAUUUCCAGAGCUGGGAUCAUGUAUGCUUCUGCCAAUGAUGAGUUUGGCAAACAGUUGCGGUCUAAUAUGUUUUCCUUGAGCGGGACUGGGUUUUUCGGAGCUGUUGGUCGAAGCAUAAACCUAGGUGGUCAAACUGCUUUAGCAUUACGAUUACUUCUGGCUGCAUUUUCAUCAAAGAUCUCUUCAGAUAUUAACCGGCCUUUUGGUGAUGAGUUCCGUGCUACUCGAAAAGCAUCAGAGGAAGUUGGUGCACAAAUAGUUUUGGGAGAUCGACCAGUUGAAAUAACACUUCAAAGAGCAUGGAAGGCUAUGAAAUGGACUGAGAAACUAAGUUUAGUGAUAUCAGUUAUUCGUGGCAUUGCAUCUUCAUCUAACAUUUCUACAAAUAAACUCAAGUUGCAGGAAGCAGGUUCGGAUGAUGGUACAUUUCAACUUUAUGAGCAAUUGAGUUUUUCAUAUCCGUCACUAUUGUUACCUCUCAUACAUGAACGAGACACUUAUCUUGCAUGGUCGUUAAAGCGGAGCAAAGCUGUGAAUAACAGCAAAAGGGUGGUGGGUGUCAUUGGAAAAGGCCACAUGAAUGGUGUAAUAUAUGCACUGGUAUCUGAUACAGGGAAUUUGAGGUUUCGAGACCUUGUUGGGAAAAAUUCAUAUGAUGGUGGUUCCAAUGGCUGGAUUAAUGGCCUAGUUAAAGGUUUUGUUCGGGACACAAUCGUUGGCAUCUUCUUAUGGGCCUUGUAUGAUUUUAUAAUUGGUGGAACGUAAAGCAAGCCCCUUCGUCUCCGAAGAGUGAGAGCAAAGGAUUUUGGACCAUUAUAAAAAUAGCCGAAGAUAUAAACUAAGAUGUUAAUUGUACAUCAUACCUUUCUCAAAGUAGGCAGGUCAUUGAUUUUUUUGAAGGAAAAGGAAUGAAAAAGAAGAAGGAAGAAGGGCAUUAUGUUAGAAUGUUGUUUUGGCUGUGAAAAUAAUAUUUCCAUUGCACUUUACAUGCAAUACUAAAAAAGUUAUCUAUUUGUAC